UCCUCAAGUCUUUUGCUCCGCAAUGGCUCCCAAAGGCGGCUCCAAGCAGCAGUCCGAGGAGGACCUGCUCCUUCAGGAUUUCAGCCGCAACCUGUCCGCCAAAUCGUCGGCGCUGUUCUUCGGGAAUGCGUUCAUCGUGUCUGCCAUUCCCAUCUGGUUGUACUGGAGAAUAUGGCAUAUGGAUCUUAUCCAGUCUGCUGUUCUGUACAGCGUGAUGACGUUAGUAAGCACUUACUUGGUAGCCUUUGCAUACAAGAAUGUAAAAUUUGUUCUCAAGCACAAAGUAGCACAGAAGAGGGAAGAUGCUGUUUCCAAAGAAGUGACCCGCAAACUUUCUGAAGCUGAUAAUAGAAAGAUGUCCCGGAAGGAGAAAGAUGAAAGAAUCCUGUGGAAGAAGAAUGAAGUUGCCGAUUAUGAAGCUACAACAUUCUCCAUCUUCUAUAACAACACUCUGUUCCUGGUUCUGGUUAUUGUUGCCUCCUUCUUUAUACUGAAGAACUUCAACCCCACAGUGAACUACAUUCUGUCCAUAAGUGCUUCAUCUGGACUCAUCGCCCUCUUGUCUACUGGCUCCAAAUAGACUGUGUAGCUUGGCCCCCUGCCUUUGUAUCUAGGGGUGGCCUGUGGUAUAUGGGAAAGCAUCAGGGUGGCCAGGUUGGGAGACACAUAACAUGUUUUUAUAGUCUGGAGUUUGAGGGUUUAAAAAUGCAGUAGAAUGUAAUUCAGUGUUUGUUUAUUGGCUCUUUUUGACAGAUUGUUGAAAUUGAAUUGAAUUGAAAGGGAAACUCAGAGUACCAGGGCAUUUAUUAAAAGGCAAGAAGUCUUGCAAUGUGCUCUAAUCACGAGGAGAAAAUAACUUGUUUCCUACAUCUGUCAGAGGUCAUGGUAACCUGGACUGAGCUGUUAUUAUUUAUAAUAGGAGGAAGAAGUUAAUAACUGGUUCUCUGUGUUCCAAGCACAAUAUUACAACUUUUUGAACUGUAAAUCUUAGAGUGAAUCCUCUUCCUAAGGGAUUAAACAGAAGCCUCAUUUUUUUUUUUUAAACAAGGCUCCAAAUUUGUAAUUUAUAAUAACUCAAAAACAUAGCCUCUCCAGUUUGAGGGAGGGAAACUUGCGGAAUCUUUUUUUUUUUUUUUUUUUUUUUAAAGAAAGGCAGCCAAGGUAGUGACCUAAAAAUAGUCCCCAGACCUAUGAGUGUUGGCCUGUGAGGCUAAAGCACACACUGUUCAGCUGUAUGGCUUUGACCCUGGGUGGCCAGGGAGGUCAGCUUGACCCUGCCAUGUUGGUUUGAUGUGUGAAGUCACUGGGAUCAUUGUUUUUGUGACCAGGCUCUCAGCACCAUGGGCAGAAUAUUAAGUGAGAGAGUAUUUCUAUCCUGAUUAUUGACACACGAGAGACCAAAAGAAAUUUUGUGAACUUAGCCAUGGAAUUCUGUGAACUCUCUGAGGAAUUUACAGUGGUUUAAAAUGGUUGUCAGCAUUUUUCCAUGAGGAUUUUAAUAAAUUCAGCCCCUUUUGCUCAAGGCUCCUUUCAAUUGUGAAAUGUUGAUCGCAUUAGAUUUUUAGGGGUCUAGCUAAGAGUAGCCUCAUGUGUGGUCAUUCCCCCAUGUUCUUCCCCCUUCUAUUUUGUACGGUUCUGUCUUUGUGUGCUAUGACUUCCCAGUUUGGAAAUUGCUGUACUAUGAUCACUGAUUACAUAUUCCGAGUUACUUGCUGUUUACCACACCCAGGAACUUUCUAUAAAUGGCACCUCAAAGGGAAGUAUUACUAAUAUCUAGUUUCUGCUUAUAAACUUAAGAGUAACAUAUGACUAUUUCUAACUGUAAUGAUGUGCUUACGAGGAGUAGAGCUGUUCUGUGCUGGUAGAUGUUCUGUGGUCUGUGCUGAGAACUUAGGGAACUCAGGAGGAGUGCACACCUCCUUACUGUCUGCCUUGAGAAUCAUUUAUCUCCAAGUGGUCAGUUCUUUUCCUGUGAUAACCUCGUUAUCUGAGUGCCAUUCCCAGGUAAUGAGGAAUGAGUAGGGAAAUGAGUCAAAGCAAAGUACAUUUUGGUAACACAUAAGAGGUAGGCUGUUUUGUUGUUUCUUUUAUUUUAAUCAGUAUUGCCUGGAAACUUUGUGUACUAGUGCAUUUACCUAGUAAAAUAAUUUGAUGCACCACCAUCAAGUUCCCAGAGCUGGGCCAAACCUUCUAUGUGGCUGCUGUGAAUCUGCCACUAGGUGGCGGUGCCAGAGUAGAUGGGGAGAAAAUCACCAUCAUUAUUUGGACAAUUUGGUCAAUUUCUAACUUAAAAGAAAAAAAAAAAAAGGAAUGGUGAAAUAGGGGUGCCAGCCUCAAAUUUUUAAUUUUAAUUAGUAAUCAAAAGUUUGUUGUGAGAGUGAUUAUGCAGUUUUCUUUUGUCUUGAAUGUUUCCAAUGACUGACUGUCUUUGUUUUUAACUCUCAAAAUGUUUAGCUCUCUCUGUGCUACCAAAUACAUUUCUCUGUGUGAAGUCUGUAGCCGUAUCAUCAACUCCCUUAAGGAAUCAGUGUGUCAGUCCUGUAUGCUAAGUGUGGACCCUCUUCUCCACCUUGCACAUGUUGCACAUAGGAUUACGAAGUUCAGUGAGACAUAACAGUGAUCCCGUGGCAGAGUUUGUACAUAAAAGGACCCCAUACAUCAUGCUGGUAAAAUAGGACAUUCAGAAUGCACACACUUCUGUUUUUUCUCUUAUGUGAUAGGUAGAUUCUUAAUGUUAAGCAUUUUUAUUUUGUGAUUUACUCCAUUUGUAACUUAAUAGUCUUGGAUUUAAAUUUACAAUUUGCCCUGUUUGGUAUUUUGUUUUAAUUUGGAAAGGAUAAUUGGAAGUUAACUGAAAUAAUGGAAGUUGAAUUUAUACUCUGCAUUUUUAUGUAAAGUCUUGUUAUUAAUAAGUAUGAUUAAACUUUGUUUUUAAAAA